AUAUCUCAACCGCAUAGAACUAAUAUAAGUGAACUAACAUCCAUAUAAGGCAGAGAAAUAUCAAGACAGAGUAAACAAAUAUCCAUAAUAUAACAGAUAUCUCAACCGCACAUAACUAAUAUCUUAAUGAUCAAUUACAGAACAAUAUCCACAUCAUCAAAAAGUAGUAUCCCAAGUAUGCUAAUUGUUAUCCACUAUGAAAGGAACUAAUAUUCCAGAUCUACAAUCGAAUCCCAGAUCCCAGCCACACAACUAUCCAUGCAAUUGAAAAAUGAUAUCCUGCCUGAACAGAACUAAUAUCAGAACGCACACAAAACAUAUCCACAAAACCCAGAAAACAAAGCAACCCAGAUCUAGUCAAAUCCACAAAAUCCAUAAACCUAGCAACCCAGACCCAGAUCCAAUCAAAUCCACAAUUAGAAACAUAUCCACAAAAUCCACAAAAGAAAGCAACCCAGAUCCAAUCAAAUCUAAGUUACCAGAAAACAAAUCCAUCAAACUCAUAAAAAAAAACGUAGGAAAAGAAAAACCCAGAUCUAGUCGAAGCCAUGCAACCCUAACUCAAUCUACUCAAACGAACAUGAGUAUCCAUAAACAAAGGGAAAAAAAAAACUUUGCUACCUCAGUCAACGAAGUAGUUCUUUCUUCAACGACCUCCGUCAACCAACCCCUUCGUCGCCGCCGUUUCGUCUGCACCGUCAAAAUAAGCCCGCUUCGUCUGCACCUUAGCCGCGGUCAACCAACCUUUUCGUCGCCGCCGCUUCGUCUACACCGUCGUUGCCGUCAACCAACCUGGUCGCCGUCGUUGUUAUCGGGAGAUGAAAGGGAGAGGGAGAGGAAAGAGAGAGGAAGUGGAAACAAUUGAUUUUUAGAGAGAGAGGGAAAAAAUGUGUAUGGUGGAGAAAGAUUAGAGAGGGGAGGGUUUUGAGUAAAAAAGGUGGUGUUUUUUGAAUUUGGGGGCCAGGUGAGCUCCAUUUUUUUUCUGUAGACUUGGGCCAGCCGAUGAACUCGUCUCUCCUCCCUUACAUACUGGCGCCAAUCUUCCUCCACCGAUGAAUCGUGGCUUGGCGACGUGGCUGUCCAUCCAAUUCUAUUAGUAUCUCCUAACAAAGAACUCUCUUAGGAGUAUAAGUGUAUAACUAGGUUGCCCAGCCCAGCCACCUACAGCCACUUACUAACAAACUUGCCUUGGAAGGUAAUGGACUGUUUUAGUGGGAAAAAAGAGGUCAAGAAAAAGAAAGAGAAUAGUCAACUGAAAUCAACCAACCAGGCUAAGCCUCUGCCAACCAGGCCGUUGAAAACCAAAACGUGCAGCAGGAAGCCAGGAACCCAUCAGUCUUCCCGAUUUCGCCUACCAUUCAUUCAUAAAACCUCUUUCUGCUCAAGAACUGAGAAGUGUGAAACUACAAAGGGAAAAUCCAAAUUCAGCAGCAAUUCCGCAAACGAGAAAACAACAAGACUAAGAAUCGGAAAUUCCCAUUCCCAUUCCCUAGUUCUCUCCCUCAUCCUUUCUUUUUCUCGGUCCUGUCUUUGAUCCCAAGAAGAAGAAGAAGAAGAAGAAGAAUAGUGGGGCGCAUUUGCUGGAAGAAAGAAUGGCGAGAGCUGGAGGGAUUUCAAAUGCGGUCAAUGUAGGGAUCGCUGUCCAAGCCGAUUGGGAGAAUCGCGAGUUUAUCUCUCACAUCUCCCUCAACAUCCGUCGCCUCUUCGAUUUCCUCCUCCAAUUCGAGGCUACGACUAAAACAAAACUGGCGUCGCUGAACGAGAAGCUCGAUACUCUGGAGCGUCGACUGGAGCUGCUUGAGGUCCAAGUCGGUACCGCAACAGCCAACCCUUCCCUUUUCAAUACCUGAACUUUUUUUCCAGUCUGAAUUUUCGCUACUGCGGCUACUACUUGUAAGCGUAUCUCUCCGUGAUCUUCUAUGUCUGCUGUGGAAGCUUGAAUUUGUACUGUUAUACUUCCGAGUUCCAAUAUACAUAAAUCGACAUUUAGCUUCUGCGUUUAUGAUCUAUGUGCCUAUUUGCGCUGUAAACUGAACGGAAUUCCAGUGUUUGAUGAUGGAGAACAAUUUGAAUAGACUAUGGCAUAACCCGUUAUUGCCAGUACUUAACUUAGUACGCCAGGUAGCUACUUCGUCCUUUUAGCAAAAACCCCACCAGAAACACAAGAAACGCCGUUCUGUGGCUGUCUUGCACCAAGGAGUGCAGAUAGAUAAUUAGGUUACUGUUCUGCAUCUCUUUGUUCUAUGAAUAUGUGAGCGGAGUUUGUGAUAAGAUAACCAAUUACGCACCGUCCUUGGUCUGUAAUUGUUAUGUCCUUUCACACUUACAGCCACCAUGCAUCGGAUAUGGUAUCUGGUCUCGGAUGAACGCGCUUAGUUUCAGAUUUUAUUUCCUUUAUUGUAUUGUAGCCUAAUAGCCUAUGGAAUGUGAUUGCCUUGCAAUCUGUAUGCAAGUAAUAUUUGACGGUGAUGUUAAUCAGCGAUCUUAUCGUGCUUGAGAUCACUGUUUAAAUUUGCUUUCUUGUCACUUUGUUUGGCUGCAUGUUCAGCUGGCAUCUUAACUCCUCCAAGUUGUUACUUUUGAAAGUGACAUUCUUCACAUCUUGAAAUCCCUUAAACAUACUAUUACAUGCAAACAAAGGUCAUCUGCCCGCUAAGUUUGCUGUUGAAGUUUCUCUUAGCUAUGCACCACUCCAGUUAGAUUUUUCCUCAAUCUUUUACCAGUUAUAAUAAGAUUUGAUCUCUUGGGUGAUACAGGUAGUUUUACUCAUGACUUCAAAUGCAUAUGCAAAUAAGCUCUGCUAAAAUAUAGUGAAUUUCAUAACAUGUUCAUAUCAAUGUACAAUGACGAUUUCCAUUGGAAAAUAUAUGUGGUUAUUGGGCAUGGGCCUUCUAUCACUAGAGUGGCAAGUUCUGGUUUCAGACUCGUUUAGUGGACACUUCAAGAUGUUGAAAUCAUAGAUUCAACAAAACAUGUCUGACAAUAAGAUCUGAACCGAUUG